CGUGCUGUUUCUCCAUCGACGUGUCGCACCGACUUUUUUAACCGUGGUGUUUUCCCCUCAUGUAAACGUCACUCGUGUUUUCAGCGGGUGAAGAAGCGACCGACAGACACAACACAACAACCGACCACAGCGACCAUGUCCGAGCCCAGUAAACCGGACAUCUCCGCCAUCUUCAAGCGGCUCCGCUCCGUCCCCUCCAACAAGGUUUGUUUCGACUGUGCAGCCAAAAACCCGAGCUGGGCCAGCAUCACCUACGGCGUGUUCGUGUGUAUAGACUGCUCGGGCACCCACAGGUCUCUGGGGGUGCACCUGAGCUUUAUCAGAUCUACAGAGCUGGACUUCAAUUGGUCCUGGUACCAGCUGAGAUGUAUGCAAGUGGGAGGGAAUUCCUGCGCUACUUCUUAUUUCAGUCAACAUGGCUGCAUAACCAGCGCUGCCAACGCCAAGUACAACAGCCGAGCUGCUCAGUUGUACAGAGACAAGAUAAAGAAUUUAGCCACACAAGCCACCAGACGCCACGGCACUGAGCUGUGGCUUGAUUGUCAGGCUCCUCUCUCUCCACCGCCACCAGAGGACAAGCAGGUGGAUUUCUUCAGUCUGCAUACAUUGGAGGUUCCUAAAAACGUGAAUACGGCCGAAAUGAAUCUGAGCUCCUCCACAUCAGAGAAGAGUUUAUACCCGGAAAAAGAUGAAGACAAAAAUGGUAAUACAGAGGAGGGUCCAAGCGUGGAUUCGCUGAGCGUUUCCCCAAAAACGAAUCCAGAGCCGUCUUCUCUUUUUAAGAAGAAGCCCACCGCUACCAAGAAAACGUUGGGCUCUAAGAAAGGCGGACUGGGUGCUCACAAGGUCAGCAGCCAGAAUUUCUCCGAGCUGGAGAAGAAAGCUCAAGCUGCCGACAAGCUGAGAGAGAAAGAAGACGGCGCUGUGAGCACCAAGAAGAGUGUUCAACCCGAGGAAUCCGUCUCUUCAUCGAUGCGACUGGCCUAUAAAGAUUUUGAGCAGCACAGGAAAAUGGAGGAUCAGAAGAUGAAGGGAUUAGAGGGGAAGAAGAAGGAGCAAGCUGAGAGACUGGGCAUGGGUUUAGGCAUGAGGAGUGGAGUUUCACAUUCUGUGACUUCGGACAUGCACAUGAUCGAGCAGGAGAAUACCCUGGGCUCAAAGACCACCAAAGGACGGCGGCUCAUUGAGCCAGACGAUGAUGAAGGGUCCUUCACCUCCAGGUCUGCGUCCCGGUUUGAGGAUCAGGUAGAAUCUUCGGAUCAGUUCACUUCACGCUGGGAUGACGGCGUCGAGGAAGGAGGCUGGAUGAAGGUGACAAAGAAACCAGAGCCAGACUUCUACUCUUCCUCCAUCAUAACUUCACUUGACGACAGCAGACACGCAGCCAGGAGGAAACCAGAACCAGUGCCAGUGCCCGACACGGGAGAAGCUCGUAAAAAGUUUGGAGAUGUCAAAGCAAUCUCCUCUGACAUGUACUUUGGGAAACAAGACCACUAUGAGUAUGAGGCCAAAUCUCGACUGGAACGAUUAUCUGGGAACGCGUCUAUUAGUUCCGCAGACCUCUUUGAUGAUCCAAAGAAACAGACUGGGAGUUCGUACAGUCUGACCAACGUGCUGCCCAACGCUCCUGACAUGUCGCAGCUCAAACUGGGAGUGCGCUCAGUCGCAGGAAAACUCUCAGUCAUGGCCAGUGGUGUGGUUAACUCAAUUCAGGAUCACUACAGCACCUGAGUCAUGAUGCGUCUCCUCUUUGAUUCAGCUUGUCGUCGGCGUCGACAUAACCGGAGUUUGAUAGUUUACCUGGUGAGAGACGGAUGGAGAUCAGCUGUCUGAGAUAAUCUUUGCUUCGCUGCAUCAAACUCUAGCCCUAAAGUGACCCUGUAUACAUUCACAUCUAUUUUUCUUUCUCAGAUAAUGUGUAUAGAGCUGGUGUUAGAAUCAGGAUGACUGAAGCACAACAUUUGCUCAUCUGCAAACACCUUGAAGUGCAAUUUCUGUGUAAAGUGAAACCAUGUGGAAUAUUUCGUUUGCAUUAUAUAAUUUGGUUUGAUUUGGGAUUUUGGGGUUUAAAUACUUUAUGUAGCAGGUGGGAGAUUUCUGGUGUCAUGAAGGAAGGGUUUACUUUUUGAUUCCGUUAGUUGAUGAGGUCAAAACCUAAACAGCAGAGCCAAUUCAGUUUUUAACAACUGAAUUGGCUCGUGCACUUUCACUCGUCACACGCUCGGUGCAGUGUGUUCUUGUACUUUAUUUUCUGAAAUCUUGCACAUUCCCACAGUUUUUGAAAGUGUCCUUUUCCGUCCCCAAAGUGCACUUACGUUUGCUCUUCCACAGGCGGUACCAAAAGCUGAUAACAAGGCCUUGUGGGGACCAGAUAUGUGUCUCUUAAUUGAGGAUGAUAUCAGUUAUGGACAUUGGUCUUGAUCUAAUUAGCAGAUAGGCUUCAUUCUCCUGCAAGUAGCCACGUUUAACUUUUUGCUUUUGUUGUAGGUUAUGCAUCCAUAGUGGAAAAGGACCGGAUGGCAGUAAGGAUAAGUAGCUAGAGAGGUCUGAAGGAAAAGCUUGAUGUUUUGGGAAAGUGCACUUUGCCUAGAAUUUGAUGGCACUUUUGAAUAUAUGAAUUUUUUGUCAGUAGGUGGAGUUUAUUACCUCUGGACAGAGUCAGGCUAAACUAAGAUAUGAGAGUGGUUUCAAUCUCAGCAUCUUUCUCUCACAAAGAAAACAAUGAACACUAUAUCCCAAAAUGUCAAACAUUUCUAUUAAAGGAGACAUAUUCUGCUUAUUCUUUUUUUCUAUCAUCUCAUGCGUUAAAUUGAUUUGUGUUUAAAUAUAAAACUUCUGCCAUGUUAAACUGCCCAUAGUCCACAGUGAAGGGAACUCGCCUCACCUUCAGAAAACACAUUUGAGUGAGAGUUGACCAGCUGGCCGAUCAGAGCAGACUGAGCUGUAUCAGGACGGGGGGCCUUAAAGAGACAGGAGCUAUAACUAAGUGUUUCAGACAGGGGCUGAUAAGAGGAAGGCAGCAAUGGACAGUCUGAGGAAACUGAUGUGUUUUCUGAGCAUUAGAGCUGUGAACCUUUUCAUGAAGAACAGAAUAUGUCUCCCUUAUAAAACUCAAGUGUUAUUUCUUUCUUAAUCUUAAUCCAGACUUUACAAUCAAGAAUAAGGUCAACAUGGUAACACGUAUAUGUGUAUAUAGAGAUUUAUUUUCAAUUUGGAGGGUUUUGAUGAUGUUUGGUUUGAGAAUUGUGUUUAUGUCGUCUGCGGUGGAUUCCUAUGUUUUCGCCUCAGGGCAUAUUUUUUAAGUGGCACACAGAUUCUUGAAGGGUAAGAUUUCCUGAUGCUGCUUGAAAUGUUUGUAGCUUUCAGCCCCUGAUAUCUAGAAUCACAUGUCCACUUCCAAAACAUGAAUGUAAACUGUACCUUUUUAAAGCAUUCAAGUUCUUUGUUGCUGCAACAUCCCGCCACGGUCCGAGUGAUAUAUUUAAAUACAUCAAAACAACCGAGGCAGUGAUGAGGCACAAAUAGAACAAGAAGUGAUGCUAGAGUUUGAUUUUGGUAUUUGAUAUUUAAAAGCAAUGGAGAAGCAGAUUGAAGUCUGUUUACAGCGUUUACCUGAAGUCUACUCACGAGUUCAAGCAAGUGUUUCUGGCGCCCGGACUGGGGACAGGAUGGAUUCAUUUCCGAUUUACUUCACUGUACUGUUCAUGCUUCUCAGGAGUAAAAUAUGAAACACUACGAAGCACUAUAAGCGUUUCACAUCCUUCAAUGACCAAACAUUUGUUUACUCCAUCACUGUUUGCCUUAGACCAAAGAUCUCUGAAGCAUAACGUCUUUAAUCUGCAGUAUCGUGGAGUCCUCUCGUCAGUUCCUCUUUCUUUUUUUGCACAUAAUUUUUUGCACGUGGCAGCUUUUGCUGGAAUGUGACGAACCUUUGCCUCUUUACGUUGAUGCUGCGUCCUUGCUUGACUCGAGUUUUGCUUACGUUUUGUAAGUUUGUGUGUGUGCUGCUGUUGAGUAUUGUUAAAUGUUUCAUAAAAGAGUAGCAGCUUGUGCAUGUUUGCCCCCUUGUAGUUAUUUUAUCACCCGGACACAUCCUGAGUACUCGAUGGCGGACGGCUGCUGCAGCCCAUUCAUUUAAACAAUAAUGGGGUGGGGGGAAAAAAAUUGCUAUAUAUUUACUGUAACGUAGGAAUAUUAUGUUGUAUAUGCUUUGAAUGAGCUUUUAUAGAAAAUAGAAUAUUGAUAAUCAGAUUUUGAAAUUUUUGACAUUUAAAGUUUAAGUUACGUUUUUUGGAAAACUGCCAAAUAAACUGUUCGCAUAUGAA